AUGCCGUCACGUCCUCGCCUACCGACCCGCCUGACGCUGCGUCGUAACAAGAGCAGCACCGCCCAGGUCGACGCCUCAUCCGCCCCGCCAACACCUCCUCUUCAGCAGCCUCAGAGCCGCAACGAAAGUCCUAUUCGACCAGGAAACUCUACCACGAACAGCAACGGAAGCAUGUCGACGUCGUCAAAAUCACCGGGAGAUUUGCGUGGAGACCACAAGGGCAUGGGAGUAGUCUUGCGUGUACAGGUGCUCAAAGGCCGUAACCUGGCUGCAAAGGACAAGUCGGGCACGUCUGAUCCAUUCCUCGUCUUGACCCUUGGUGAUGCAAAGGAAGCCACGAGCGUGGUCAGCAAGACCUUGAACCCGGAAUGGAAUCAAACCUUCGAACUGCCUAUCAACUCUGCAGAUUCGGCCUUGUUGGAAGGUGUUUGCUGGGACAAAGACCGCUUUAGGAACGAUUACAUGGGCGAAUUCGACGUGGUGUUGGAAGAUGWCUUUGCUUCGGGAAGCAUUGCUCCAGAGCCAGUAUGGUACAAGCUGGAGAGCAGGCGUAGUGGCCGCCGGAAGAAGAAGGACUCCAACGUGACAGGCGAAGUCCUGCUCAAAUUUGCUCUCUACGAUCCAAUCAAUGCCGCCGCCACUGCUCAGCAUGUCUUGCAGAAAUUCACGGGUCUUGUGGCAGAUUCGGGCGAAGACGACGAGGAUGAGGACGAAGAGGAUAUGCUCCGACGAUAUGGUACUCGGGAUCUGGACGAUGUGGACGAGGAAGAUGACGAGAAGGAUCCCUCAGAUGAGACCGAUGACGGCAUGAGGACACCACCCGUGGGUACAGCAGACGAGAAGCAGAAGCAUCGUCGACGCCGCAAAUUGAGGCGGCUGAGGCGCAGGACCAAGCAAAAGGCGUACGAAUUCGGUGUCAUGUCUGAUGUAGCCGGCGUGCUGUUCCUGGAGAUCAACAAGAUCACGGACCUACCACCUGAGAAGAACAUGACCAAGACCACCUUUGACAUGGAUCCUUUCGUCGUGACGUCCCUCGGCAAGAAGACAUAUCGAACCAAAACCAUCAAUCACAACCUCAACCCUGUAUUUGACGAGAAGCUGGUCUUCCAGGUUCAAAAACACGAAACGAGUUACAGCUUGUACUUUGCGGUCGUCGAUCGGGACAAGUUCUCUGGCAACGACUUUGUUGGCACGGCCAACUUCUCUUUGGACAAAGUCAGAGAGCUCGCACCGGAAGCAGACCCAGAGACURGCUUGUAUAAGCUGCCAGAUCCAGAUGAUGUCACCGAGGGCAAACAUCGCAGGAAGCGUUUCCGCAAUCCGCUGUCUAGGAGCACGAGUCAGGUUAACCUUCCCAAGUCUGGCGGCAAAAGAAGUUCCCAAACUGACCUCACUAAGCUGAGCAAAUCUCCGAGCAGCAACAGUAUCCAGGGCUCACCAAGACCUAAUCUGACCCCGAAGAUGUCGGAUGCGUCCUUUACAGAUCGCACGCGGCCAGCACCCAUUUCUAUGCCGAGUACAACGAGCUAUGAGGAAUUUGAUACCCCGGCAGACGAGACCGAUUUCCACUCGUUYRAGAUUCCGCUAGAGCUGAAGAAUAAGCAGCGGUGGGAAGACAAGCACAGCCCUGUCCUCUACGUCCGUGCCAAGUACCUGCCUUACAAGGCUUUGAGACAACAAUUCUGGCGUGUGUUACUGCGACAGUAUGAUGCUGAUGAGAAUGGAAGGCACGACAAAGUCGAGCUUGUCACUAUGCUGGACACUCUCGGGAGUACUCUUCACGACCGCACAAUCGAUGGAUUUUUCGAGCGCUGGAAGGACGUCAACGGCGGGGAGGAAAUUGUGACCACUGACCAAGCUGUUAUGUGCCUGGAGGAACAGUUGAUGAAGACUCAAGCGACACAUCAUCAUCACAUGGCGAACCCACUUGCAGGUUUGAAGAAGCAAGAUCCUUCUACGUCGACUGCACGUCUCUCUCACACGACGAGUAGCUCACCAAAUCAGACACCCCCGAAUGGCUCGCAGAUGCCAUCAAAUUUCAUUCCUGGCAGUAACACAAUCCCCACACUGGAAGUAAGCGAGAUGGGCGCUCCUGGCGAGGAGGGCAAAUACCUCACGACAGACGAGACCGUGGGCAUUGAUGACGAUGUCGAGCAAGACCUCAACGAAGACCCGGAGUCCAAAGAGGAGCACGUUGUCGAGAUUCACGAGUGUCCCAUUUGCCAUCAGCCACGGCUCGCAAGAGGGCGGAGGACGACCGACGCGGAUAUCAUCACCCAUAUUGCGACCUGUGCCAGCAGUGAUUGGCGGGCAGUCAACAAUCUGGUCAUGGCUGGCUUCGUAUCAAGCUCUCAAGCUCAGCGAAAGUGGUAUUCAAAGGUUCUCACAAAGGUCUCUUACGGAGGCUAUCGCAUUGGUGCGAACAGUGCCAACAUCUUGGUACAAGACAGGCUUACUGGUAUGAUCAAUGAAGAACGAAUGAGCGUAUACGUCCGUCUGGGCAUUCGAUUGCUCUACAAAGGCUUGAAAAGUCGCGAGAUGGAGAAGAAGCGAGCGCGCAAACUACUCCGCUCCAUGUCUCUCAAGCAAGGUCGCAAGUAUGACGAUCCUGCCUCUGCCUCCCAGAUUCCAGGAUUCAUAAACUUCCACCAGUUGGACAUGGGCGAAGUUCUGCAUCCCAUGAACCAUUUCAAGACAUUCAACGAGUUCUUCUAUCGCGAAUUAAAACCCGAUGCACGUCCUUGCUCCGCGCCCGAUGAUCCGCACAUUGUCGUCAGCCCUGCUGAUUGCCGAUCUGUCGUCUUCAACCGCAUCGAAGAUGCUCAGCGCAUUUGGGUGAAAGGUCGCGAGUUUAGCAUCGAGCGCUUGCUCGGAGAUGCAUACCCAAAUGAUGCUAAGCGGUAUCACAAUGGAUCUCUGGGAAUCAUGCGUCUGGCACCACAGGACUAUCAUCGCUUUCACAUCCCCGUUGACGGCGUCAUGGGCGAGCCAAAGCUGCUGGACGGCGAGUACUACACUGUCAACCCCAUGGCUAUUCGGUCCGCUCUGGAUGUGUACGGAGAGAAUAUUCGAGUGUGUGUUCCCAUCGACUCCGUCUGUCAUGGGAGGGUGAUGGUCAUUUGCGUUGGCGCCAUGAUGGUUGGCUCCACAGUCAUCACGCGAAAGAAGGGUGAGAACGUCAAGCGUGCGGAGGAGCUUGGUUAUUUCAAAUUCGGAGGCUCGACUCUGCUGCUGCUAUUCGAGCCGGGUGUUAUGCGGUAUGAUGAGGACUUGGUGGCGAACAGCAGCGGAGCGCUGGAGACUUUGAUUCGAGUCGGAAUGUCUAUUGGACGCACGACUGGCCAUGCUCCGCACACCGCUGACAUGCAAAAGACGAAUCCAACAGAGAGCGAGAAGGAAGAUGGCAAGCGCCGAAUUGAAGGCUCUCUCGCACCCAGCAGUGGUAAGACUGGGCCAAAGAUCGCCGGAUAA